CCCUAGGCCUCCCACAGCCCGACACCUGUGGGCCUGUUCUCCACCCGGCUGCGGGCCACUCGCCAUGGGCGGCUGCUUCUCCAAGCCCAAGCCAGUGGAGCUCAAGAUCGAAGUGGUGCUGCCAGAGAAGGAGCGGGGCAAGGAGGAGCUGUCCGCCAGUGGGAAGGGCAGCCCCCGGGCCUACCAGGGUAACGGCACGGCCCGCCACUUCCAUGCAGAGGAGCGCCUGGCUGCCCCCCACCCCUACCCCAGCACUCAGGACUGCGUGGAGGCCGCUGUCUGCCACAUCAAGGACCUGGAGAAUGGCCAGAUGCGGGAAGUGGAGUUGGGCUGGGGAAAGGUUUUGCUGGUGAAGGACAACGGGGAGCUCCAUGCGCUGGGCCACAAGUGCCCCCACUAUGGUGCGCCUCUGGUGAAAGGAGUGCUGUCCCGUGGCCAUGUGCGCUGCCCCUGGCACGGGGCCUGUUUCAACAUCAGCACCGGAGACCUGGAGGACUUCCCUGGCCUGGACAGUCUGCACAAGUUCCAGGUGAAGAUUGAGAAGGAGAAGGUGUAUGUCCGGGCCAGCAAGCAGGCCUUGCAGCUACAGCGGAGGACCAAGGUGAUGGCCACAUGCAUCUCUCCAAGCGCUGGCCACAGUGGCAGCACCAAUGUGCUCAUUGUGGGCGCAGGGGCAGCAGGCUUGGUGUGUGCAGAGACAUUGCGGCAGGAGGGCUUCUCAGACAGGAUUGUCCUGUGCACGCUGGACCGGCACCUUCCCUACGACCGGCCCAAGCUCAGCAAGUCACUGGACACACAGCCAGAGCACCUGGCCCUGAGACCCAAGGAGUUCUUCCGAGCGCAUGGCAUCGAGGUGCUCACCGAAGCCCAGGUGGUUACAGUGGAUGUGAGAAACAAGAAGGCUGUGUUCAAGGACGGCUUCAAGCUGGAGUAUAGCAAGCUGCUGCUGGCACCCGGGAGCAGCCCUAAGACCCUGAGCUGCAAAGGCAAAGAUGUGGAGAACGUGUUCACGAUCCGGACACCUGAGGAUGCCAACCGCGUGGUGAGGCUGGCUCGGGGCCGCAACGCUGUGGUCGUGGGAGCUGGCUUCCUGGGGAUGGAGGUGGCCGCCUACCUGACGGAGAAGGCCCACUCGGUGUCGGUGGUGGAGCUGGAGGAGACGCCCUUCAGGAGGCUGCUCGGCGAGCGUGUGGGCCGUGCCCUGAUGAAGAUGUUUGAGAACAACUGGGUCAAGUUCUACAUGCAGACGGAGGUGUCGGAGCUGCGGGCCCAGGAGGGAAAGCUGAAGGAGGUCGUGCUGAAGAGCAGCAAGGUCGUGAGGGCUGAUGUCUGUGUGGUGGGCAUUGGCGCAGUGCCCGCUACAGGCUUCCUGAGGCAGAGUGGCAUCGGCCUGGAUUCCCGAGGCUUCAUCCCUGUCAACAAGAUGAUGCAGACGAACAUCCCGGGCGUGUUUGCAGCUGGCGAUGCCGUCACCUUCCCCCUGGGCUGGAGGAACAACCGGAAAGUGAACAUCCCACACUGGCAGAUGGCCCACGCCCAGGGGCGCGUGGCAGCCCAGAACAUGCUGGCACAGGAGGCAGAGAUCAGCACGGUGCCCUACCUGUGGACCUCCAUGUUCGGCAAGAGCCUGCGCUACGCAGGGUACGGAGAAGGCUUCGACGACGUCAUCAUCCAAGGGGACCUGGACGAGCUGAAGUUCGUGGCUUUUUACACCAAAGGCGACGAGGUGAUCUCGGUGGCCAGCAUGAACUACGAUCCCAUCGUGUCUAAGGUGGCUGAGGUGCUGGCCUCAGGCCGCACCAUCCGGAAGCGGGAGGUGGAGCGUAGCAAGCACACAGUGGUGGCCUAUAAAGAUGCCAUCUAUGUAUUUGGUGGAGACAACGGGAAGACAAUGCUCAAUGACCUUCUUCGGUUCGACGUGAAGGACUGCUCCUGGUGCAGGGCGUUCACUACCGGGACCCCUCCCGCCCCCCGCUACCACCACUCGGCCGUCGUCCAUGGCAGCAGCAUGUUCGUCUUUGGGGGCUACACAGGGGACAUUUAUUCCAAUUCUAACUUGAAGAAUAAAAAUGACCUCUUUGAAUACAAGUUUGCAACUGGACAGUGGACAGAAUGGAAAAUUGAAGGACGGCUGCCGGUCGCUAGGUCGGCCCAUGGUGCCACAGUGUACAGUGACAAGCUGUGGAUCUUUGCUGGCUACGAUGGCAACGCCAGGUUGAACGACAUGUGGACAAUUGGCCUCCAGGACCGGGAGCUCACGUGCUGGGAGGAGGUGGCCCAGAGCGGCGAGAUCCCCCCCUCCUGCUGCAACUUCCCGGCCGCUGUGUGCCGGGACCGGAUGUUCGUCUUCUCAGGGCAGAGCGGGGCCAAGAUAACCAACAACCUCUUCCAGUUUGAGUUCAAGGACAAAACGUGGACACGCAUCCCCACUGAACACCUGCUCCGGGGCUCCCCACCGCCCCCACAGCGGCGCUAUGGGCAUACCAUGGUGGCCUUUGAUCGCCACCUCUACGUGUUUGGUGGUGCGGCUGACAACACGCUCCCCAACGAGCUGCACUGCUACGAUGUGGACUUCCAGACCUGGGAGGUCAUCCAACCCAGUUCGGACAGUGAGGUCGGUGGGGCCGAGGUGCCAGAGCGAGCAUCUACUUCUGAGGAGGCGCCUGCUCUGGGCUCCGAGGAGCGAGGCAGCUGCAAGAAGUCCCGGGAUGUCUUUGGCCUGGACUUUGGCAGCACCACCACCAGGCAGCCCACCCCGCCGGCCUCCGAGCUGCCCAGUGGGAGGCUCUUCCACGCGGCGGCUGUGAUCUCCGACGCCAUGUACAUCUUCGGGGGCACUGUGGACAACAACAUCCGCAGCGGGGAGAUGUACAGGUUCCAGUUCUCCUGUUACCCUAAGUGCACGCUGCACGAAGACUACGGGAGGCUGUGGGAGAGCCGCCAGUUUUGUGACGUGGAGUUCGUGCUGGGUGAGAAGGAGGAGUGCGUGCAGGGCCACGUGGCUAUUGUCACCGCACGGAGCCGCUGGCUCCGCAGGAAGAUUGUGCAGGCUCGGGAGCGGCUGACUCAGAAGCUGGAGGAAGAGGCAGGCAGGGAGGGUCCCGGUGCUGUGCCCAGGGAGGGUCCUGGUGUGGCCGUGGGUGGGGUCCGGCCGCCCCUGCUGCGCGUGGCCAUCCGUGAGGCCGAGGCCCGGCCCUUCGAGGUGCUCAUGCAGUUCCUCUACACAGACAAGAUCAAGUACCCUCGGAAAGGCCACGUGGAGGACGUGCUGCUCAUCAUGGAUGUGUACAAGCUGGCGCUAAGCUUUCAGCUGUGCCGCCUGGAGCAGCUGUGCCGCCAGUACAUCGAGGCCUCCGUGGACCUGCAGAACGUGCUGGUUGUGUGUGAGAGCGCCGCCCGGCUGCAGCUCGGCCAGCUCAAGGAGCACUGCCUGAACUUCGUGGUGAAGGAGUCGCACUUCAACCAGGUGAUCAUGAUGAAGGAAUUCGAGCGCCUGUCGUCCCCUCUGAUCGUGGAGAUCGUGCGGCGGAAGCAGCAGCCACCUCCCCGCAGCCCCUCGGACCAGCCUGUGGACAUCGGCACGUCUCUGAUCCAGGAUAUGAAGGCGUACCUGGAGGGCGCAGGAGCAGACUUCUGUGACAUCACGCUACUGCUGGAUGGGCACCCGCGGCCAGCCCACAAGGCCAUCCUGGCCGCCCGCUCCAGCUACUUUGAGGCCAUGUUCCGGUCCUUCAUGCCCGAGGAUGGCCAGGUGAACAUCUCCAUCGGGGAGAUGGUGCCCAGCAGGCAGGCCUUCGAGUCCAUGCUGCGCUACAUCUACUACGGCGAGGUCAACAUGCCGCCCGAGGACUCACUCUACCUGUUCGCGGCCCCCUACUAUUACGGCUUCUACAACAACCGACUGCAGGCCUACUGCAAGCAGAACCUGGAGAUGAAUGUCACGGUGCAGAAUGUGCUGCAGAUCCUGGAGGCGGCAGACAAGACGCAGGCGCUGGACAUGAAGCGGCACUGCCUACACAUCAUCGUGCACCAGUUCACCAAGGUCUCCAAGCUGCCCACACUGCGCUCGCUGAGUCAGCAGCUGCUGCUGGACAUCAUUGACUCCCUGGCCUCCCACAUCUCCGACAAGCAGUGUGCAGAGCUCGGUGCCGACAUAUGAGGGCCCACAUGGUACUGGCCUCACCCACCCCACCCACGCCACUGCGGAGACUUCUGGCGACACUCAGGCCUGUGGGUGCCCAGGGCCCCCACAGAGAGCUGAGGGGUACAUGAGACAGGGAGCUGCAAAUGUCCCACCUUACUGCUGAAGACACUGGUCCCACAGGAAGCAGAGAGGGAAGGAGGCCCCCAGAAUGGCACCCUCUCUGGGGUGGGGGUGGGGAGCCAGGGCUCAGCAAAGAGGACCCAGCAGGACGGAUCCUGGCCAGGGCCUGGUGGGGGAGAGAUGAGCCCAACAGGGAGCUGGCUUUGUGUCCCCCACCUGGUAGGGACCCAAGGGGACCUCCUGCCACCUGGAACUUGUGCAUGGGCAACACUGAUGGGCAGAUGGAGUCUGACUGAAGAUGAAUUUUGGGGUGAAGGGCCCUGAGGUCAGCUCCCCACCCACGAAGUGUCACUCAGGACUGGGCUGGGUAUCUGCAGGCCCUGCAGGAUCCCAUCUGCCUGUGUGUGCAUCAGGGCCCCAGGCUGCACCAGGAAGACAGAAGAGAUGCACCCCCAGUCCCCGCCUGUCCCUAAGUAUUUAUUGUCACAGGCUUGCCUCUAUUAAAGCCACAGCAAUGCUACCUACACAGAGCUCACCAUGCAGUCCCCACUGGUGGGUUGUGGCCCUCUGUCCUCCCAGAGCCUAGGCCUGGCUGGGAGCCUGGGUGCUGGGAUCAGCAGUCUUGCCUGGUUCUCUGUGCCUGUAGCCCCUCGCCCCUGCCCCCACCCAGGGUGGCCCAGUCAUGCAGGGGAAGGGCUGGUGGGAACAAUACAGGCUGGCAUGGUGCUGUUCCACUCCCAGGGGGCUCUCCUGGCCCCUGUGGUGAACCCUGCUUGCACACUCCACUGUAGGCUCCUGUCUGGGCUAGGACUCUUGAGGACAAGCCGACUCCUUCCCUGAACCGUUCGGGCCUGGCUUACACAAUGCCACUUUGGGAAAACAUGAACUCUCUUCUCGGCCUCCAGUUGAGCCUGCACAACUGUGGCACCUGCCACUCCUCAGGCCUUGCUAAGAGCCCUGGGGACCAUGAGCAGGUAGACCCUUGGGCAAGGGAAGCCUGCCUGCAGGCCGCCAGAAAGCGAGGAAAGGGUGGGGCAAGAUGUGCCUCCACUGGCUUGCAGGCUUGGGAACCACCUGGACCCUCUGCUAUCCGCAUCUGCCUCCUAUUGAGUGCCAUUUGACUCUCCCAGGCACAAUGUGAAUAAAAGUUGCACUCCAAGGGCCAAGCAAA